AUGUUUCGCAAUACUAUCUUGUCUACCUCAGAUGCGCUUCUGUUGUUCGAUGCAGGAGCAGGCCAAGUCCAAGGGGGUAGACCUUUUCAGGAGGAUCGUUGCACAUUCGUUCUGCCAGAUCAGUUUCCUUCCCAGACAAACGAUAAGCUCACGUACUUUGCGGUCUACGACGGGCAUGGCUCCGAGCUAGUCUCCGAUCAUGCCAGCCGGAACCUGCACUUGUUACUCGCUAAGCGUCCUGAGUUCGCCCAAGGCGACUAUGAAGCAGCCAUAAGAGGGGCAUUGAUCGAUGAAGAUGCUGUUUUGCUGGAUACCUUCAACAAUCUAACCACCGAGCCUGCCGUCUCCGGUUCCACUGUCGCGCUUUGCUUCGUCAACCUCACCAAGGGCGACCUUGUUGUAGCCAACCUCGGAGACUCCCACGUCAUCCUAGCCGAACGCAACAACCGAACCGACCACCCAUCCCAAAUCCGACGGCUUUCAAAGUCUCAUAAACCGGAUACACCCGAUGAGAAGGCUCGAAUUGAAGAUGCUGGCGGCGCUGUCAACACGAGAAGAGGGACUGCUCGCCUAGGCAGUCUGAACAUGUCACGAGCGCUGGGAGAUCUUCAGUAUAAGAACCCAAUCAACAAUGCCGGUGACGAAUAUGCAUCCUCAAAGACCCGACGGGCGUCCUCUAGUUCAUCAGCACCAGAGACCCGAGGUAAUUUUCUGUCUGUGGAACCUCACAUGACCCGGAUGACGCUUUCGCCAGACCGACGUUAUCUCGUGGUGGUCACAUCCGACGGCGUUAGUGAUAACAUUGACGAUGCAACCUUGAUCCAUCAUGUGAUGAGAUUAUCCAUGCGCGGGAUGAGAGCUGGCGACAUAGCUCAAGAAAUUGCGACUACUGCUGCAGCUCAAACAACAAAGGGGGGGAGCGAUAACGCGUCCUGUAUCGUGGCUCUAUUGGACGGUCAAAACACCUAG